CUGAUCUUGUUUUUCCCAAUUUUUAUGUAUUUUGGCAUUGUCGGUCGUUGGUCUCUUCAAAUUCUCAACAUUUUUUUCUUCCUCAAAUUCCUCUGUUCUUCCUCUCUUACGAUUUUGUUUCAUCUUCACCUGGAACCCCGGCCGGAUCUCCGACCAGAUAGUCUCAUUCCAAUUGCCAUUUGCAUUUCAAGAACGUGUUCCACAUGGGGAACUUUGCUUUACCGAUAUGAAGCGAGAUUUGGAGGCAAUGUUAUGAUGGGUCUGUUUGGGAACAAUAAUGAGCAGUUACCCGAAAGAAGAGGCAUUGUUUCUGGAUUUUUUAAAUCCUUAGGCAAAACGGAAUAUGGAAGUAGGGCUGUUCGUCGAGGAAGAAGACUUGGCCGAAGUACCAGAAAAAGAUUCUCAUGUUUGUUUUUUACGCUUGCAACGUCCUUCUUAUUGUAUUUGGCGGUCUUUGGCUUGAAAGUGAACUUUUAUGAUAUAAUUGGAGAUAGCACGUCAGUGUCAGAAGUAGAAGAACAUCUGGUAUCUAGAGACCAGAGACCUCCAACUAGCAAGCAUCGUCGGAAGCAACAUUUCCCUUGUGAUGUUGAGUUUGCGGAGUCAGUUGCUUACCUUGUGGAGCCUGAAGGUUUCAUGAAUGUUACUCAGUUCUCCUUAGAGUUCAUAGAGCGCGAGGAAAAAGAAUUAGAAGCUGAUUUACAUAUGCCUAGAUUUGGAGGACAUCAAACCCUUGAGGAAAGGGAGAUAUCCUUUUAUGCAACAAAUCAAAAACUUCAUUGUGGUUUUAUUAAAGGACCACCAGGAUACCCAAGUACAGGGUUUGAUUUGGAUGAAAAGGACGAUGCAUACAUGAAAACAUGCAAGGUUGCAGUUUCCUCAUGCAUUUUUGGGAGCUCUGAUUUUUUGAGGCGGCCUACUAGUAAGCAGAUCAGCGAGUAUUCCAAGAAGAAUGUAUGUUUUGUCAUGUUUGUGGACAAGCAAACACUAUCGAAAUUAUCAGCUGAGGGAAAUAUUCCUGAUGAUAAGGGAUGCAUUGGACUAUGGAAGAUAGUUGUUGUGAGCAAUUUACCUUAUGAAGAUAUGCGCAGAACCGGAAAGGUGCCUAAAUUUUUGUCACAUCGCCUCUUCCCUUCUGCUAGGUAUUCAAUAUGGCUAGACAGCAAAAUGCGUCUUCAGGUAGAUCCAAUGCUAAUUAUUGAAUAUUUUCUGUGGCGAAAGAAGUCGGAGUAUGCCAUUUCAAACCACUACGAUCGCCAUUGUGUUUGGGAGGAAGUACAGCAAAAUAAACGUCUGAAUAAGUACAAUCACACUGCCAUUGACGAACAGUUUGCUUUUUAUCAGUCUGAUGGCCUGGUGAAGUUUGACCCUUCCGAUAUCAAUAGUGGUCUUCCUAGUUCAGAUGUUCCAGAAGGUUCCUUCAUCGUCCGGGCACAUACACCAAUGUCAAAUUUAUUUUCGUGUCUUUGGUUCAAUGAGGUUAACCGCUUUACCUCACGUGAUCAAUUGAGCUUUGCGUACACUUACUUGAAACUCAGGAGAACAAACCAAGGCAUACCAUUCAACUUAAACAUGUUCAAGGUAAUUCGCCUUUCUUUAAAAUAUUUUCUAGAUGUUAGGCUUUUUUUAAUAACCCCAUUGGCCCAUUCUUUCAAAAGUUGCAAUAUUACUCUUGACCAUUCAAGUUUGAAUUUUUUUUUUUAUUGAACUAGGAAUCCUUUAAAAUUUUAGACAGAAAAUAGGAAAGUGGUGAUUUAAAUUUCCAUUCAGGUCACUGCCAUAUUCCAGGUCCUAUUUUGUGUAUAAAGUUAUGAAGUAUUUUUAGAGAUAUUUUCAACCUUAAUGAAUGGUCUAUAUUGCAUCUUUUGAGAUUAUAAAGGUAUUUUUUUUGGAAUAAAUGACAAAGUUCAGAGAUAA